AUGACUGCAAAAAUUGAUGAUAUUGGUUCCGAUUCGAAGAAAUCUUUAGAAAAACGAGGAUCCCGAAGAUUUAUUAUAUUGCUUGUGUCAUUUUUCUUCUUAUCCUUUAUACAUGCUGGCUUUCUAAGUUACAAUUGCGGUUAUGUGGCGAUGAGCGAGUUGAUAACGAGUCCUUUGUAUAAUGAGGAGACUUUUUCGGUGAAUCGAUCAAUGAUUCCGUGGAACGCUGAUCAUUUAUCAUUAUCGGAUCGUCGUUUCGAUUUUACUCCGGAAGAAAAAGGAUGGUCGUUUGCAGCCGGUUUCGCCGGAGCCAUGUUCGGAGUGCCGAUUCUCGGUUUGAUGACCGCAAAAUGGGGAAUGCACCGAAUGAUGUCUGGAAUGGGAGCGAUGAUCGCUGUCACUUGCUUUCUUUUGCCCUAUCUUGUGUCAAUCUCUUUUCCCUUGUUCUUGUUCUUGAGAUUUCUAUCAGGCACAGCUUUGGCAAUUCUCUUUGCAGCGGCUGGUCAUGUCGUUUCCUAUUGGGCACCGUUGAAUGAACGCGGGCUUUGGAUUGCUGUGCUUUCAGGCCACGUCGAGUUUUCUCCAUUCUUCUCAAUGCCCCAUGCUGGCUUGGUUGGAUCAGAGAUAUCUUGGCCAGCGAUUUAUUAUUCUCAUGGAGUGAUUGCUUUGCUUGUGACCAUUUUAUGGAUUUUUGUUCAUAAAGAUGAUCCCCGGGAUGUGAAAUGGCUGAAGAAAGAAGAGCUUGAUCGAGUGAUGCAGGGGAAAUUCGAGUUGUUGAAUGCGAAACGAGAGAAACAGAAGCCGGUUUCUUUCCUGAAACUCAUCAAAACGCCGGUGGUCGUCGGGAUCUGGGUGGCUUGUAUUGGAUACUAUUUUGGAGUUCAAUUCUCAAUCACUUUUUCCCUUCUUUACUAUUCAUCGGCUUUACACUAUUCACCGAUUGUUUGUGGAUUUGUGACAAUGAUUCCAUUGUUGAUCUUGCUUUUCCUCAAACUCGUAACUGGUCACAUCUCCGAUCGUCUCACAUCAAUCCGAGAAGUGACAAGAAUGAGAAUCUUCAAUUCAAUCGCUCUCAUUGGAUCGGCUUUCUUCUUCUUAAUUGCCUCAUUCCGACAACCAGAUGGCUCAUGGAUGGAUGUGGCUGUUGUCGUAAUGCCAGUUUGUAUUCUCGGAUGUCACAGCGGAGGCUAUCCAAAAUGUGCUGUUAUUGUUGCGAGAAAACAUUCAGCGGCGGUGUUCUCAUAUAUGCAGCUCUUCGGUUGUGGCUCAUUGGUAGCCGGUGCUUUCAUGGUUCCAAUGUUGACACCAAGUGGUGAGCAUGCAGAAUGGGGAAUCGUUUUCCGAGCAUACGCUGUGGUGAUGCUCGUCUGCAACUUGGUCUUUUGCUAUACAGCAACAGAUAAACCUUGCGAAUGGGCUUUGGAGAAAGAAACAACAGAAGUUGAGAUUUCAACUUCAGAAAAUCAAACUCACAAAGUU